AUGGGUCCCAUACGAAACACUCUUAAAAACAAUCAUUUUAUAUUAUCCAUCAAUAUCAACAGUUCCGAAAGAGAUAACCAUGAUGUCUAUCCUACAAUCGAUAAACAAUAUUCAACGGAUAAAACUCAACGAACACCAAGUAAAAUUAAUAAUAAUAUUCCUACUAAAACUGAUGAAGACAAUUCUGAGCAUGAUGAUUGUUUUGUAAAAUAUGAUUUUGUUUCAUCAUCUGAAGAAAAAAAUAAACGAAUAAAUAAACGAAAUCAAAAAGAAGAAACAUCUAAAACACAAACAGAAGAAGAAAUUGAAAAUGAUCAAGAUCAACCAGUAUAUUCAGUUGAAGAAAUCAAUGCUAUAACAACACUUAUUCUCUAUGAUACUUUUUCAAAAAAACAUAGCUUAAAAUUUAAUCCAAAAUAUCACAAUACAUCUCCAAAUUAUUUUUUUGAUAUUAUCGAUCGAUUUGAUGCUAUUUAUUCAUGUCUAAAUGAUAAAAAUUUAUUAAUACAAAAUCAAAAUUUAAAAAAAUCUAAUCUUCUACAAAAUUAUUUAAGUGAUCGUUUUGUUACUCUACCAAAUAUAAAUGAAUUAAAAAAUUUUCAACAAAAUGAACAAAUACGUGUUUAUAAAGAAAAACAAACAGUUCUUAAUCGAGUACCAUUUAUUCCAAAUAUUUUAUCCUAUCAACGAACAUGUCCUUAUUAUAAUCUUAAUCAAUGGAAAAAAAUUCGAGAUCAACUUAGUUAG